UGCUAUUCAAAAGUAGAUGAAGUGUUAACAGCUCACAAUAGAAUAUAUAAAAAAAAAGAUAAGGAUAGAAAUGAAAAAAACCCUGUCUAGACCUGUAUUUUUAAAAUAUGAACUAUGUCCUUCAGCUGACCUGAGCACUAUUCUCAGGCUAAAUGGUGACCAAAAUAUGCUCUCUAUUUGCGCAGACGUGCAGUGUGACAAGGACACCUCGAGGUACCGUGUGCGCGUGAAGGGUGCCAGUGAUUUCGUGGACUGUCCACCCGGUACUACCCUUGUGCUUUCGGACUACAGUGGUGAGUUUAAAUCCGGCGCAAUCGAGUGUGCACCAUACGAGGAUAUAUGCCCCAAAUCCCUUUACCCCGACGAUGACCGCGACAAUAACAAUGACGAAAUCAUCAGUGCCACAUCCGAUACGCCUAAUAUCACGUUCUAGUUGCAUCUCUAACAGCAAUGAGUGUUCUCGCUGAACAAUGACAGGGGGCAACGUGCGUAAAGGAGGUGAACCUCAGGAAACAUACACCAGACAGGGAUGUAAAAUGGUAAAAUUAAGGCAAGUGCGUUGUAGGGUGACCUCUUAUUGUUUUUUUCAGUGGUAUGAAUUAACCUUCUUUUGAUUCUAUAUGACAAGUAAAUCUCUAUUUCGUUAUAUAUAUAUACUUAUAUUACUUAGUAUUUUUAUGUUGACAUAUAUAUAUCUUUUUUUAUUCUAAUGAAUACAAGUAUUUUGAUCUCUCGAUAUUUAAUUUAUAUAUAGUAUAUCAUUGAAAGUGGGUAAAUCACAGACUGAGCGUUAGUUUAAAUGCUAUAUGCAUUUAUUAUUAUAAAAUAUUGAACUAAAACAGUGAAACUAAAGGAUGUGGAUGGAGAGCACACCCAUGCAUUAAGAGAAGAAAAACUAGUGGAACAAGGGCAACAUAAGCAGUCCGUUGAACGUCCUUAUUUGUGGAGUAAGUCACUUUGUUUCUAUUGUUUAAAUCAAUAAAAAUAUAUUACUUUCAAAAAUAGUACAUAAUUAUGGGCUAAUUUAUUAUUAUAUCCUUAGACCCUAAGUGUAACUACACUAAUACUACAGAUCUUUAUUCAUUCAGUAUGGGGACUUUAUUGUUGUAACCCUCAU